GUCAUUUUUAUACGGAAUUUACUCGGUGUUGUGUGCGGUCGAAAUCCAACGCGGAGUAAUUUUUUGGGUUGUUCCAGCGUUUUUUACGGCUCGUUUCCGGUUCGGGUUUGGUUCAGAACGUACCGCGAUCCAGCCUGUGUUAAAAGUGUCACCGUUUGUACCGUUUUGGUGUGUGAAAAGUUGAUUAGAAGUGCGUGGAAAAAAUCUGGAAAGCAACCUUUUGCUCCUGAUUCUGCGGUGGUGCGAUUUUGUUUGCUCCUCAGUGCAAGUGAGACACCAAUACACUCUCGUUUCUGUACGAGACACCGCCGCGCGGAUUUGACAAACAACAAGCCGGCUGUGCGAAAGGGACCGCCAGAGUAUCGAACGGACGACGGGCCGAAGAGAAGCUGUCAAAAAAUUUGCUUGGCUUUCACAUCGGUGCUGGUUGGCAGACGCUUCCGAAGAAAAGUGUCCAAUUUCCGUGGAAUUUCGGUUUAGUUCGCGAUUUAAAGUUCGUCUUGAGUGAAGUUCUUACAGGGGAAAGAUGUUGCAGAAGAAACCUACCGGUGCACUGUACGAUCCGAUGAUUAUUCCUCGGGUCAAACAGUACCUCGAGGAAAAUGUGCACCAAACUUACGUUGACGUUGGUGUGAUGGCCCGAGAGCUGCAGGAGCGGUACCGCGAGUAUAACCGGCGUAAGGCCGUCCCGUUUCGUUUGUUGGUGGAGCAGGCGUACAAAACUGUUCUCCAUAGCUACGGGCUGGACAGCAACCCGUCGAGCGAGAACGAAGAUGACGCCAAUUCCGAUUUGGAAGUCAUGGAAGACGGCGCCGGUGGGGGCGGUAAUGCCAACCAUAUGAACGAUGCAUUGACCAACAUGUACAUGAGUAAUAAGAACAAAGCUCCGGGAGCUGCUGGAGGAAAUGCUGCGGGCAACGAUGGCGAGGCGAUUGACAUCAGCAGCGAUGAAGACGAUGAAGGCGCGGAUUCCCGCGACAAGGAGAAAGCAGUUUCAACGACUAGCAACAACAGCAUGAGGCUCAUUGAAACACAAAUUGCUUCUAACAAACACAUUACAGUGACGAAGGUGACUCGCACCGAUAAACCGAGGUCCGGCGACGAAGCAGUCGAUUCCAGCAAUGGCAGCUCAAAUGGCCCAAGACGUCCAGCUGAACAGCUGCCUGCCAGCCAAGCCAAGCGCCGCCGUCUGGAUCAACCGCAGAUUUCCGAGGUAAGCAACAGCUCGAACCCACUGUUGCCCCAGCCGACACCCCGACCACCUCCAGUCAAUCGAGGUGCCGCUGCUGGAAGAACCGAAUCCAGUGCACCAACGGCUGCUCCACGUUCGAAGCGCUUCAAGAAGGAGGUCUGUGCUCGAUUUGUGGAGACCACAUUCGAAGAUGUUGGCGGCAUGGACAAGAUUUUGCGCGAGUUGUGCGAGCUGUUACUUCACGUUAAGCAUCCGGAAGUUUACCGCCACGUGGGUCUCCCUCCACCACGUGGAUUCCUUCUACACGGCCCUCCCGGUUCUGGAAAGACGCUGCUUGCUCAUGCCAUCGCUGGGCAACUGAAAAUCGGUCUGGUAGAAAUUCCUGCGACAGAGCUGGUGGCGGGAGUUUCCGGUGAAUCUGAGGAACGUAUUCGCGAAGUAUUCGAACAGGCAGCGGUUCUGUCGCCUUGCGUACUUUUCAUUGACGAAAUCGACGCCAUCUCGGCGAACCGAGUCAACGCUCAGAAGGACAUGGAGCGUCGCAUUGUGGCUCAGUUGCUGAGCAGUCUGGACAAUUUGCCCAAACUAGAGGGCGGCGAUGGUGUGCUAGUUAUUGGAGCAACGAACAGGCCGGAUGCUCUGGACCCUGCUUUGCGCCGUGUGGGAAGAUUUGACCAGGAAAUCUCUCUGGGCAUCCCCGAUAGGGAAGCCAGGGCCCAAAUCCUAAAAAUAAUUUGCAAGAACUUGAAGAUCGACCAGAACAUUGAUUUCGACGAGUUAGCCAAGUUGACUCCCGGUUAUGUUGGAGCUGAUUUGCUGGCAUUGGCUACCCGUGCAGCUACCACGGCUAUUAAGAGGAUGUUGACGGAACGCGAGCGUCUCGAGCUGAUCGCAGAGAGCAAACGUAUGGCAGAGCUGGAGGCCGCUCGUCGUAAACGAGAACAGGAAGCUUUGCACAAGAAAGUUGACGAUGACGAUGAUGUGAUGGAGGUCGACGACAAAGCACCAACGGUCGAAAGCAACAAAAACAAAUUCAAUGGAGAUGUAUCUGCGGACGACGUUGUUGCAGUCGAGGACGAUGUUGAAGAAGUGGUAAAUCUGGACGAUGAAAAGGAGGAACCCAAAGAAGGGGACAAGAAGGAAGCGGAAGCUGAGAAGGCUCCUGUGGCUGAGGUGCCGGCCGAAGCUGAGAAGGCGGAUCAGGAGAAGAAAGACGAAGAGGUGAAAGUUGAUGACAAAAAAGACGAGGAGAACAAAGUGGAAGAAGUUAAGGUUGAUUCUGCUGAUGGUGCCGAAGCCAAGCCUGCUGAAGAAGAAAAGAAGAAUGAGGACGAGUCAAAGGAAGCCGUCGAAAGUGAGAAGAAGACAGAAGAGCAGGCCAAACCUGAUGAAUCCAAUGUUACUGAUGGAGACGUAGAAAUGGUGGCUGAUAGCAGCACCUCUGGAGAUAAGAUUGAACCCGAGGUACCAAAGUCGACCACGGAAGGCGUCGAAGCAGUUGCGGCCGAAUCAAGUGAAGCUGAGAAAAAGGAAGAUGAACCAAUGGAAACUGAGAAAAACACAGAAGUCUCCGCCGAGGAACCACAGCAAACCGAAGCGGAGGCCGUAGUUGUAGAUGAAAGCGACGCCACAUCCGCUGUUGAAGAGCGUCCUCCUACCCCAGUUCUUACUUUAGAGAAAAUGAUGCAUCUUCUACUGGACCAUUCGAAUCCGCUACCAGAUGACGAAUUGGAAACCCUAUGCAUUGAACGGGCAGACUUCCUUGAGUCGCUGAAAUCAGUUCAACCCUCAGCCAAGCGAGAAGGCUUCAUCACUGUACCGGAUGUUACGUGGAACGAUAUCGGUUCCCUAGGCGACAUUCGUGAAGAAUUGAAACUUGCUAUCCUUGCCCCGGUGAAGUUCCCUCAGCGCUUGAAAUUACUCGGACUCAGCUCUCCCUCUGGGGUGUUGCUAUGUGGCCCUCCUGGAUGCGGUAAGACUUUACUGGCAAAGGCAGUAGCCAACGAAGCUGGCAUCAACUUCAUUUCCGUCAAAGGCCCCGAACUUUUGAAUAUGUACGUCGGUGAGUCGGAACGUGCCGUUCGUCAGUGUUUCCAACGUGCUCGUAACUCGGCACCGUGUGUCAUCUUCUUCGAUGAAUUCGAUUCGCUGUGUCCCAAACGGUCCGACAAUUCCGAGAAUAGCUCCGGAAUGCGAGUGGUGAAUCAGCUACUUACCGAAAUGGACGGCAUCGAAGACAGGAAGGGUGUUUUCUUGAUGGCCGCCACCAAUCGACCGGACAUCGUUGAUCCUGCCGUUCUGCGUCCCGGUCGUUUGGAUAAGAUCCUGUAUGUUGGCUUGCCAGCGGAGGAUGACCGUACAGACAUUCUGCGUGCACUCACCAAAAAUCGCACUCAACCUCCGUUGGCCGAUGACGUGGAUCUGAGCGUUGUUGCACGACUAACCGAAGGUUACACCGGUGCUGAUUUGGCCGGACUAGUGAGACAAGCUUCUCUGCAAACUUUGAAAGAUUCGAUAGCUGAAUGCAGUAGCGACGACAAGGUCUCCAGUGAAUCGGAACAAGAUCUCAAAGUUGCAAUGGUGCAUUUCCAGGAAGCGAUACGUAGCAUCAAACCUUCUGUAAAUGAAGAGGACAAGAAGCACUACGAACGAUUGAAGAGGAAAUAUGGUUCACUACCCGUGACACAAUAGACAUAGGACCUCCUCUAGGUUUGUUUUAAGGACAUGAUUAAAGAGCACUCUUAGGGUUUAAGUGUCACAGCAAAUACCGAUACAUCCAUUAACCUAUUUGUAAAACAGCAGAUUGCGUUGCGCUGAAAAGUAAAGUGUGCAGUGUAGCUGAGACGCGUGUAGAACGUGGAUUCCACGGAAACAUAAGAAAUCCAGUUAGGAGGAUAGCAACUAGCAUUUAGUAAUUAGACUAAAACAUGAACUAGCGACAAAAUAAGCCUCACCCAUUCAGGAAUGCGUGACAGAUUUAGUGGAACAUUUUAGGCAUCCCCAACCCAUCGGAACAUUGUUUUGCUCUUAGUUAUCGAAACUAUUAUAUUUUCUGUUCAAAUUAUCGUAUCGGACACUAUAGUUUGACUGGUGUAAAGACAAAUGAAGAUCAUUUCAUUUUUCUGCUAUCUUUCAAUGAUACAAAGAGUAGAUUUGACAAACACUGGCAUACAGGAUGUAAAAGUAUAUAAUUAAUAAAAAAAAAACACCUCUCAA